AUGGUUGAUGUAUUGUAUAGAUCUUCUAUGAACGUAUCUCCUCAUCCAGUUAUUUUUCCAUCAACGAACCAUCGUCGUUUUAGAACUAAGGAUCAUUCCCCGAUGUUUUUUGACGCUGCUCCAAUAGCUGUCAAUAAUAAAAUAAAAGCAAUUCAAGCACGCAAAACUCCUCUUACACUACUCUCCAGCGAUCACGAUCAUACUGAUAUUCGUCAAUUAAAUUUUGGUUACAAUGGAGGUGUUACAACUUCUAGAACGGAUUUUUCUGUUCUAACUGCCGAAAGAUUAGUUGAUCGUAGUAAAGACAUACGUCUUGAUCGUUAUUCAAAACGUCAAAAUGCUCGUCAAUCUGUUUUAUCAACGACAAGUAUUGCUCAACAAUCAUCCGUGUGGCCAAAAUAUCAAGUAACGUCUGUAGGUAAUAAACGCAAUCAUAUACAAUCAAAUUCUAUAACAAAUACACCACCCGCUGUCAGAUCAAUUAAAAAUAAAUCGUCACCAGGUGGUAAAAUGCCCGAUAUAAAUCGACGUCGAAGUCGUCAACCAUUAGCUGAACGAGCAAAUACUCUUACUCCCGUUGAACCACAGAAAAAAUCUAUACUGAAAACGAGACCAUCACAAGUUAAAAUGCACAGCUCACUAGACAGGAUCAAUAAUAAUACUAAUCAUAAUCAUUUUACAACAUAUGAAACUGAAGAAGAUGAUGAUGAAAAUAUUCUUCUUGCUAAUGAAGAAAAUACAAAUAUUGUUAUGGACGAAGAAUUUGAACGAUACCUCCAAGCAGCACUUAUUAAAUGUGCUGAUUGGCUUAUUAAAUAUGUAUUUAAUCCAACAGUUGAUGAUAUAAACGUUUAA